UCACUUUGUUAACGUUUUGUCUGACGAGCACCAAGGUACUCAAUAUCAGUAGAAUUAGUUAUGAGCAGGCUGCUGAUAUUCUUUGCAGCUGUUUUUCUAAUGGUCCAAGUGGGAAUUGCGGCCGAUACAGAUUGGAUAAAAAAACCAUUCAUGGACUUCAGCGGAGUAGAAAUCGAUUUAUCAACUAAAAAACUACUGCUGAAGACAAAUGCAGAAAAAGGAAACCAGCUGCGUUUAAACUUCAAGGACUCCAAAGGAGACGAUGCAGGAGGAUUUAUUCUAGAGUUUUCCAGUCCUCCUAAAUACGGUCUGCCAGAAUGUACAGGUUUGACUGCAAAAGCCACCAAACAGCUAAAAGUUGACAUUCCUAAGCCAGAUAAAUCAGGUAAUCGUGUGUUUGAGGUAGGAAAAUAUGGAUCCAAAGGUUUAAAGAUAAGCUGUAACGGAACAACACUUCUAAAAUUUGAGCCGUCCAAAGAAGUGUGCACUGGUUGGAGCUUUUGGUACAAGGCAUGGGCUAAGGAGAAGAAGAAAGUAACAUUCACAUUUGAUAACGUAAUCAGCUUCUACUCUACAGCUCCAUACACAGUUGACGGAGCCUGGGGUAAGUUUGGGAAUUGGUCAGACUGUUCUGUGCAAUGCGGGGAAGGUAACCAGACCAGAACCAGGCCGUGUAACAACCCUGCUCCAGUUAACGGAGGUUUAAAUUGUGUUGGAAACGGUUCAGAGACUCAGUCUUGUAAGAGGCGCUCAUGUACAGGGGACUACAAGCCGAUUCAAAGCCAAGUGGAAAUUGCGGCUGAUUCAGAUUGGAUAAAGAAACCGUUCAUGGACUUCAGCGGAGUGGAAAUCGAUUUAUCAACUAAAAAACUACUGCUGAAGACAAAUGCAGAAAAAGGAAACCAGCUGCGUUUAAACUUCAAGGACUCCAAAGGAGACGAUGCAGGAGGAUUUAUUCUAGAGUUUUCCAGUCCUCCUAAAUACGGUCUGCCAGAAUGUACAGGUUUGACUGCAAAAGCCACCAAACAGCUAAAAGUUGAAAUUCCUAAGCCAGAUAAAUCAGGUAAUCGUGUGUUUGAGGUAGGAAAAUAUGGAUCCAAAGGUUUAAAGAUAAGCUGUAACGGAACAACACUUCUAACAUUUGAGCCGUCCAAAGAAGUGUGCACUGGUUGGAGCUUUUGGUACAAGGCAUGGGCUAAGGAGAAGAAGAAAGUAACAUUCACAUUUGAUAACGUAAUCAGCUUCUACUCUACAGCUCCAUACACAGUUGAUGGAGCCUGGGGUAAGUUUGGGACUGCAAACCAGAGUGGAGAGACCACAGAACGAUGGUGAUGACACGGCUCUUAACGGUGUGCACCUUCAGUGUUGCAUUAAUGUGUCUUAGAUUGGUCACUGCAGAAAUAAAGCAUGAGACUCAUUUCCAUUUAACGUUUAAUCUCUGCCACACUAUUACCAUUAAAGAAGAAAUUGGGUACACUGUAAUUCGGACCUGAAAACUUGCUUUGAUAUGAUAUGAUGAUGGUAUGAUAUUGUUACGGUUCUUAUCUCCUGUUUAACUUAUCUUGAAUUUGCAAUGUUUCUUUCUGUAAUUUACAAAUACUUAUAUAUAAGUAUUUGCAAAUUACCAAAACUAGUAGUAUAUAAAACUAUAUAUAGUUUUAUAUACUACUAGUUUUGGUUUGUUUAUUAAAAAUACAACUAUUAUUUUGUGUUUCCCCUGUCCAAUUUUCA